AUGAGUGCCAGGGAUCUGCAUCAUCUUGGCUACCUGAAUGAAAAUGAACUGAUGGAGAUGGACACUUUUAUUCACCGCAUUGACUCUACUGAGGUGAUCUACCAGCCACGGAGAAAGAGAGCAAAGCUGAUAGGAAAGUACCUUAUGGGUGAUCUGCUUGGGGAAGGAUCCUAUGGAAAAGUGAAAGAAAUGCUGGACUCAGAGACUCUUUGUCGCAGGGCUGUCAAGAUACUGAAGAAGAAGAAGCUUCGGAGAAUUCCCAAUGGAGAGGCCAAUGUGAAAAAGGAGAUUCAGCUGCUAAGAAGACUCCAACACAAGAAUGUGAUUCAGUUAGUGGAUGUGCUCUAUAAUGAAGAGAAGCAGAAAAUGUAUAUGGUGAUGGAGUAUUGCGUUUGUGGGAUGCAAGAAAUGCUGGACAGUGUCCCAGAGAAAAGGUUUCCAGUAUUUCAAGCUCACGGGUACUUUUGCCAACUCAUUGAUGGCCUUGAAUAUUUGCACAGCCAGGGAAUUGUUCACAAAGACAUUAAACCAGGGAAUCUGCUGCUGACCACAAACGGGGCACUGAAAAUCUCGGACCUGGGAGUAGCAGAGGCCCUUCAUCCAUUUGCAGAGGAUGACACAUGUCGCACCAGUCAGGGCUCGCCGGCCUUCCAGCCCCCAGAGAUUGCUAAUGGACUGGACACCUUUUCAGGGUUUAAAGUGGACAUUUGGUCUGCUGGAGUAACACUAUACAACAUUACAACAAGUCUUUAUCCGUUUGAGGGAGAUAAUAUCUAUAAGCUAUUUGAGAACAUUGGAAAAGGAGACUACACGAUUCCUGAGGAAUGUGGGCCUCUUCUGUCGGACCUGCUGCGAGGAAUGCUUGAGUAUGAUCCUGCAAAGAGGUUUUCCAUACAAAACAUAAGGCAACACAACUGGGUGAGGAAGAAACACCCUCCAUCAGAGCCCCCUGUACCAAUCCCUGCCAACGCAGAAAACAGGGACCCUUGGCGGAGUAUGACAGUGGUGCCCUACCUGGAAGAUUUGCACGGCUAUGCAGAGGAUGAUGAUGACGACCUCUAUGAUGGAGAGGAUGAAAUCAUAUACACUCAGGACUUCACAGUGCCAGGGCAAGUGGUCGAAGAGGAUUACGAUCAGGGGAAUGCAGACCACAGUCCAGCCGUAGCUAAGCCAGUUUGUGUGAACGGGACAGAAGGGGGGUCUCUGAACAGCAAGGCCAAGGCAGAACGCAGAUCCUCCUCCUCGUCCAACCCCUCACGCAAAGGAGUCUCCACAGCCAGCAAAAUCCGAAAGCUCUCCACCUGCAAACAGCAAUGA